AUGGUUAUAUGUGUUGUCACAGGUAAUCGGGGAACUUCAUAUGCAUAUCUGGGAAGACCAUGGAGACCUUUUGCAAGAGUGGUUUUUGCAUUCACUUUCAUGGAUCAAUGUAUAAAGCAUGCAGGGUGGAAUAAUUGGGGCAAAGUGUUCUGGACUGGGUUUCGUCCAUCCCAAAGAGUGAAAUGGGCCGGAGAAUUGAAGAAUGAAGGAGUUGAGCAGUUUCGAGUCACACCUUCAUUGAUCCAGAAUCAGACAGAUCUUGGCUUCCUCAAAGAAUGA